UUUGGUACACGUCCUUGUUGUUUUGGUCACCUGGGCGCUUUACGAUGGAGGAAACUGUGGUUAAGUUCAGACACUGCGGGAAAGAUAUUUAUAGAUUUUCGACUACAGAUGUAAAUCCACAAAAUGUGUGUCCUGUUUGUCGAAACCAUGUCGUUCUUGGACUGUUAGACGCCCCAGUGACGCUUCAACGUCCUUUUACACACGGCCAUGAGACUCAAUGCUCGUUUCUUGUAGGAGCAAAAGAAGGUCCGUGGUGUUUAGGAGAAUGGCGCGAGACGGAGCUGCACGUUGGACUCUCAGACUCGACAGGUUUGGUCUAUAACUACACGCUGUCAGGAGUCCAGAGGGAUGAACAAGGAUGGGAGCAGUGUGUGUCCAUCCCACUGGUACCAACAUAUAGAAAAGACCUAACACAAUUAUGGGAUAAAGAACUGAACCUCUUUUCAUCACUCCCUGCAUGGACCCCAGAACGAUUCCAUGAGGAGAGGGAGUUUGGCUCGUGUUGCUAUGGUUUCGCCCUGACAUUCAUUAACCACAUGAGAUCGCUGGACAGCAAAGCCCCUCUUAGUGGAAACGAGUUCACCGGUGGCCACGUUUUACCCCGAAUGAAACGUGCCUCCAUGUAUAUCAAAGUGUAUGAAGAAAUAUCACAACAUGGAUUUUACAUUGUUGAUAAAUAAGUUCUUGUGCUUUAGAUAUCUGUUUAGUUGUUUCAGAUGUUUUGAAUUGUAUUUUAUUAAUGUAAUUUGUAAUGUUUAAUUAAUUAUUUCAUUUUAAUAUUUCAUGUAUAAUAUUAUGUGUAAUAAAACUAAUUAAAUCUAACUAAUAUGAUAUUAAUGUCCCUCUGGACUUUAUGUAACCACGUUUUCCUGAUUAAUAGACGGUUCCUGGCGUGUGGAAGACGUGCUUUGUUAUUGUGCCUCAGGAAAUGACUUCUAUUGUAUGUUGUUUGUAAGGUGAAACUGACUUGUAAAAGGAUGCCAGCUCCUUCAUGUUCACAACAUUAUUGACUAACAGUUACAAUGAAUGUAGAACUGUGAAUGCGACGAUACUUCUCCGAACACACACGAUUAACUUUGAACAAUUGUAGUCUAAGCCAACGACGUUAAUACUGUAAGCUUAAUACAAAUGAUACAUAACAGUAGACUGUUUUUAAACCUGCUUUUACGACUUCAAUUAAAUGUUGUUUUUUUUUCUAAUUAAAUGACAUGGACCGUAUAUAAUUACUGACUCCUUUUUUUUAUCAGUACACUGGAGCUAAUUUCUGCUGCAGAACAGAUCGAUUUAUUAGACCUUUGCAAUCAGUAUAAACAAAUAAAUGUUUCUAUCGCUGCUAUGUCUAAUUAAAAUUAGUCAGUACACUGAAGGUAUCCUGCUUAUGGACAUGCAAUAAACAAUAAGUAAAUGUUUUUACUUUAUUUGUUCUUUUAAACUAUACCAUAAAGUAUUAAUUAGAACACAGUCUUUAUAUUAUUGCUUUAAGAAAAAAAUGUUUGUGGGUGCUAUGGGAUGGGGGAGCUUUGUUCUCUCUUGGGGAUGCUGUAGCACCUACUAGCCCCUCUCUGGUGCCGCCUAUGCUUAGGGCAUCACAGAGGACAGAAAUGGGUUUGAUACUGUAUCACCAUUUACUUUGAACAAAAACCUUUGCGUUUUUAUGAAUAUAUUGCCCCUGGUGGGCAAAAUAAAACCAAAAUACUUUAAAAAUCUACAACUUCUUAAAGCCCCAAGUCAUACGAGCCACACUGUGCCUUAACAUGCAGAUAUGCACAGGACUUGUUAAAUUUAUAUUUAUUUUUUUUUUAAAUCUUUUAGCAUUUAUAGUAUAAUAAUUUGUGAAUUUUCCACUGGGAUGAAUAAAGUAUCAAUCUGUCUGUCUGUCUGUCUGUCUGUGUCUACCAAAGUAUUCAAACAUUUCUGCCUAGCAGAACAAUGGCCUUUAUAAAUCUAUAAAAGUCACACACACUAGAGUAGAAACAUGAUUGUGUAGUUUUCUUGUUUUUUAAUUAAACACAGACGUGUAUUCAUAAAAAUGUCCACACCAGCGUCUGCCCUAAAUUCCACUUCCCAUAAUGCACUUACAAAGAUGGACACCUCGGACCACGCUCACAGUCAACUGAUUACUGCACUUAUCUGGACACAUACACACACGCACACACACACUGAAUAAUCUUUUACCUCACAAAAUAUUCACACAGCUCUGUCUACACACCUGAUCUUACAAACCUUCUGGUCAUGUAUGCUGUUCCUGGACUUUUGCCUUGACCUUUGAUACCCGGUUGCACCUCACAUGACACACUGCUUCUGCUUCUUCUCUGUUUUUGAUAUAUGCCUUGUUUGUUAUUUCGAAUUGUCUCUACGCCUGACAAAACUGCACAUGAUCAUUACAGAGGAAUUUAUGAAACAUGUAAACAUGUUGUUAGAUUG